AGUACAUCGAGCUCCUUUCGCAUGGAGAUUCCUAAGUAUCAGGGUUCUGUGAAGGAAUUGGUCCUUGCAGCCCUCAUUGGGUCGCGGAAAGUCAGUCCAAGAAUCAGGUUCAAUGAAACUGCUUUGGGAGGGAUCCAAACCUGAUGAGUGAGCAGCAACGUCAGGAUGAAAGUUUUCCUCUUCACCACGAUCAGAAGAAACAGUACCUAGAAAAUGCGGUGUGACCUUUCGAGCCUGACCUUGCACAGACCGACGCUGUGAAUCAGUAUUGAAUUCAUGGAUGUGUUUUCCACCAUCUAUUGAUUCCACAAGUUGCUCCCCACCAUCACCCACCAUCAACCUCCAAUCCUCGGCUUGUCUUUGGCCUGGCCAAGCGGUUCUAGUUAAACGAGCCCACUGUUAUCUGGCACCAUGAGUUCUUCAGCCUCGGGACGCCGAGUCUCGACUCUGAGGUCCAACUUGCAUACCAGCGCAGAUGGACGUCGAUUCUCACUCUACGCUGAAGAUGAGCGAAGCUCGAGCAGUCACCAGAAUCUAAGAGCCCACCAAUCCCACCGUGUUCAUGCCGGUCUCGACCCUAAUCGUGCGAGUACUGGAGUGAUAUGGGUCACCGAACAGGCUUCGAAGCACGGUUACCUCGACGAACCUGAGAAAUGGGCCAACCUAGGUCAAGGCGCACCUGAAGUCGACCACAUUGAAGGCUGCUUUGAACGCCCCGACUCCAUCCCAAUCUCCUCUGCCGGACGAGAAUACGGACCUACAGCAGGUAUCAAGUCGCUACGAGCUGCGGUCGCGAACCUCUACAAUGACGACUAUCGCAAGGGCAAAGACUCGCAGUAUACGUGGGAGAAUGUCUGCAUAGUACCUGGAGGACGAGCUGGUCUCAUACGCAUUGCUGCUGUCUUAGGCAAUGCCUACCUCGGCUUCUUCAUCCCGGACUACACGGCCUACAACGAGAUGCUGAGUUUGUUUCGAAACUUUGUGGCUAUCCCAUCCCCCUUGUCGGCCGCUGAUGGAUAUCACAUUCAUGUGGACAAGAUCGCAGAAGAGUUGGCUCGCGGAACGUCUGUCAUUUUGACCUCGAAUCCACGCAAUCCUACUGGACACGCCUUGCAUCCUGAUGAGUUGGCACUGAUCCAAGAUAUUUGCCGUGAUCGAGCCACUUUGAUCUUCGACGAAUUCUACGCCGGGUACUCUUAUAGCACUGACUGUGAUGGGAGCACCAUCUCUGCUGCCACGAAUGUCAUUGAUGUCGACCAGGACGACGUCAUCAUCAUCGAUGGGCUUACCAAGCGGUUCCGGCUUCCUGGCUGGCGUGUCGCCUGGAUUGUCGGUCCUAAAGAGUUCAUCAAGGCACUGGGAUCGUCGGGCAGUUAUCUCGAUGGAGGCACCAAUGUUCCGUUCCAGGAAGCUGCUGUGUCCAUGCUGGAGCCAGCCAAGGUCAAGCAGGAAAUGCAAGCUCUUCAGCGACACUUCAAGAUGAAGCGUGACUAUGUUCUCAAACGACUGAGAGAGAUCGGCUUCAAUGCGGGCGAUCAAGCUGUCCCGGACAGCACGUUCUACAUUUGGCUGGACCUCACUACGUUGGACCCACCGUUGGCCAAAGGAAGUGCCAUUGAUCUCUCGAACGGCUUAUCGUUCUUCGAAGCUCUUCUGCAAGAGAAAGUGAUGUGCGUGCCAGGAAUUUUCUUUGAUCUGAAUCCAGCGAAGAGAAGAGACCUAUUCGACAGUCCUUGUCACCACUUCGUCAGAAUCAGCUACGGACCGAAGAUGGAAGCUCUCAAAAUGGGCCUGGAUGGCAUCGAGCGAGUGGUGAAGCGUGCCAGAGGCGAGCUUGGGCAGUAUGAUUCCGCCAUUCACGAUGAGCCUGCAGACGAUGGUUCGCAAAGCCCGAAGACCAAGAGCAAAGGUCACGGAGAACAGCACAACUGACAGCAACUAGGGAAUGGCGACACGACUGUUCUAGGGAUGACAUUUUUAGAGUUACAAGCAGAGCCAUGACAUGUGCCUCUUCCCAACGCCGUGGUUCAGACUGCUGACUUCAAUUGAAGCUUUGAUAUCAAACAAGGUGCUAGCUAGCUCACACCACAAAUAAAAGGAUACAUUAAUGAGUUCUUGUCCGUCAUCACAGCCCGGGUUUCGGCAGCUUUGGUAGUUUCGGUAGUUUUGGUAGUUUGGGCAACUUGACUUUUGGCAGGCCCAAAUCAAGCCCUGAAGAUCAAUUUCUAUGGUUAGCGUUUAGACCGGUGUUAGACAAUGGGAUUUCGGGACACAUUCAACUUA